AUGGCCCAAUAUUACCCCCAACAGCAGGGCUACGCACCCCAAGGCUCCGCCCAAAACCUCCAGUUCUUCCCCUCCUCCUACGGCUCUGUCUCCGGCCAUACCACUCCCGCACAAGCAUCCUACGGCAAUAGCGCGGGGUUUGGAGGCGCACCGAACCCCUCAGCCCAGGCGUACCCCGUCGGUGGUGGAUAUGGGGGCUUCGGAUCGCCGGCUACGGGGGUUAGUGGACGGAUGGGUGAGCAGGGUGGUUUAAGGACGGGUUGGUUGGCGGCGUUUGGAACGGAGGGGUAUGAUGGGGAACCGCCUUUGCUUGAGGAAUUAGGGGUGAAUUUUGAACAUAUUCGGACUAAGACCCUCACAGUCCUGAACCCCUUCGCCUCAAUCGACAACCACCUAAUGGACGACAGCGACCUCUACGGCGCCCUCCUUUACAUAGUCCUAUACGGAACCUUCCUCCUCCUCUCCGGAAAGGUCUUCUACGGCUACAUCUAUGGCGUCGCCGUCUUCGGCGCUCUAGCCCUCCACCUCAUCCUCAGCUUGAUGUCUCCGUCCGGCGCAGCCCUAGUGGACACCUCCGAUCCCGCCAACUACAACCCCCACCACAAACCCUCAAUUUCCUCGUCCUCGGCCGGCCAUUUCUCUGCGACAUUGACAUUUCCCCGCUCCGCCAGCGUGCUGGGUUACUGCUUUCUCCCGCUCGUGCUGACCGCUCUGAUUGGUAUCAUGAUCCCCAUGGAUACGUUGUUCGGGUAUCUACUCACCACCGCGGCGGUGGGUUGGUGUACGUACAGCAGUUCUGGCAUGUUCUGCUCCGUGGCGCGUAUGAGUGGGAUGAGGGGUCUUGUGGCUUAUCCGCUUGCGCUGUUCUAUGUUGUUUUUGGGAUUAUGGGCAUUUUCUCGUCUAGGGGGACGGGAUCUCUUGCUGCGAAGACGGGGGCUGCUUGA